GGACUGUCUCCUUUUAAUGAACAGAUAGGAAACAGGUGUGCUUUUGGAGCUGGCAUGUUUUAACUCGGCUAAACGCAACUCAGCCACUUGCAGCAGAUGAACCAGGACCUUCAUUUGAUACUUUAAGAUCACUUGUUGUGUUCAGGAUGUUCGUCUGUUUUUUUCUGGUUCUUUUUGCUGCUUUCUGUCGCUUUUCAACCACCGGACAGAUGAUAACCGGGAAGCCACUGGACGUCCCGGUGAACAGCACCAAGGUUUUGAAUGCAGCUCGGUUUGCUCUGGUUGAAUUCAACAGAGCCAACACAGAAGAACACUUUGAUUACAAGAUUGUGAACAUAACAUCGGCGAAAAUUCAGGUGGUCGCGGGAAUAAACCUCAUCCUCGACGUGCAUCUUGGGCGCACAGUGUGCAAGAUUGACAUGUUCCCAUGUGUUUACGACUCUCAACCCAAGGAUCUUCAGUGCCACUUCAUCGUUACAGAAGUCCCUUGGAAAGCCUUACGGACUCUCGCUCAUAAGAAAUGUCACCUACAUACAAAUUGACUGAUACUCUUAUUGCUUGUGGUGCUGUUGCCUAGUAAACAUGUAAUACUAA